CUUAGGUCGUGAGGUAGAACGGAGAGGAGGCGUCUCUCAGGGACGUCACGUCUUGUGAGGUGUGAGGAGAGGAAAUAUGGGAAUUAUCGUUUGGGGACGCGGUGAUGGCGUCUGAGUAAAUUCCGGCGGAUGAGGGAAAUAAUUCAGUGGGUGGUGGAGGAGUGGGCGGUGGAGGUGUAAAUGGGUUGUGGUCCUGUGUGAAGUGACGAGAACGUCAUAUAUUAACGUGUACUACCUCAUGUUGCUUGUGAAUUAUCAUUAGUAUCAAUAUAUGUGGUUGUAACAUAGAACAAUCGUAUUUCCUACCCCCCCAACACUGAUCUGGUAUUUGAGGUGAUUCCAGGUGUGCUGCGUUAAGGUAAGCGUACAAUGAGAGGGUGUAACUCUAGCGAUUUCCGAUAGGUCGGGUAGGCACUCGAAGCCUUUAAAAAUCCAGACCUUUAAAACUUUCCUGGAUCAGUGUUCCGUCCACUUUCUUGGAGAGAUAACCGGGAUCGUACGAUCGUAAGUGAGUAGCGAUCGUAACAGUAUAUAACAAUGAUUUAUGAAUGAGUAGCUAUUCUUUAUUCAAAAUAGAGACACUACGUUCAGUUACAUAUUCUGAGUCAUACAACUACAUAAAAGACCUUUUUUUUAUCGAUCUGAGAGAGAGAGAGAGAGAGAGAGAGAGAGAGAGAGAGAGAGAGAGAGAGAGAGAGAGAGAGAGAGAGAGAGAGAGAGAGAGAGAGAGAGAGAGAGAGAGAGAGAGAGAGAGAGAGAGAGCACGUUUAUUAAAAAAAAAAAAAAGAAGUCACUAGAGGGUGCAUGACCUUAAGAAAACAUGAAUCGAAAGGACUGGUGUGUUGUAGCUUGGACACCUGAGAGUGGCCAAGGCUGUGGUGCAGGUGAUUCAGGCGACACCAGUGUUCUAGAAUGUACAUGUUGUGUGAUCUGUCUCUGUGUCUACUGGCAGGUUACCUCAGAGCAACACACGCCCCACAUCCCACCAUGGCAUCCAAUCCACAUCACCUCGUGAAAGAAUUUCUUGAGGCAAUUCAACACCACCCAACAGCGGAGCUGGUCACUGCUGUAAAGGAAGGAGACGAGGCAGGGGUGAGGUCAGCACUUGACAGGGGUGCCCGGCCCGAGGUCACCGUCCCCACUAAUGAUGGGGUGUCAUGGAGUCUGCUGACUGUGGCUGCCAGCAAGGGCCACGAGCACCUGCUGUCUCUCUUACUGCAGGCAGGGUUAAGCAUAGAAGGUGGAGGCACCACUGACAGGACACCGCUGAUGAUGGCUGCCCAGAAUGGCCACGCCCAUACAGUGAAGGCGCUGCUGGACCUCCGUGGUAACCCUCUGGCCAUGGAUAGUAGAGGAAGGACAGCCCUACACUUUGCUGCAUGGCAGGGCCACCAGCAGUGUGUGGCGGCCCUCUUGCCCGUCACCCCUCCCACUCCCGCACACCUCGAGGCACACACCCCGGUGCACGUCGCCAGUUAUGGUGGCCACGUGGAGGUACUGGAGCAGCUGGCAGGUGCUGGCUGGCCCCUCACCGCCAAGAACAGUGAUGGCGACACACCCAUGCACUCUGCUGCAGUGGCGGGAUGUGCAGCAGCUGUGCAGUGGCUGGUGCAGCGAGGCGGUGACACAAGCAUACAAAAUAAUGCUGGACACACCCCGCUUGACAAGGAGCUGGUCACUGCUGUAGAGGAAGGAGACGAGGCAGGGGUGAGGUCAGCACUUGACAGGGGUGCCCGGCCCGAGGUCACCGUCCCCACUAAUGCUGGGGUGUCAUGGAGUCUGCUGGCUGUGGCUGCCAGCAAGGGCCACGAGCACCUGCUGUCGCUCUUACUGCAGGCAGGGUUAAGCAUAGAAGGUGGAGGCACCACUGACAGGACACCGCUGAUGAUGGCUGCCCAGAAUGGCCACGCCCAUACAGUGAAGGCGCUGCUGGACCUCCGUGGUAACCCUCUGGCCAUGAAUAGUGACGGAUGGACAGCCCUACACUUUGCUUCAUGGCAGGGCCACCAGCAGUGUGUGGCGGCCCUCUUGCCCGUCACCCCUCCCACUCCCGCACACCAUGAGGCACACACCCCGGUGCACGCCGCCAGUUAUGGUGGCCACGUGGAGGUACUGGAGCAGCUGGCAGGUGCUGGCUGGCCCCUCACCGCCAAGAACAGUGAUGGCAACACACCCAUGCACUCUGCUGCGGCCGGGGGUAGAGUGACAUGUGUGCAGUGGCUGGUGCAGCGAGGCGGUGACACAAGCAUACAAAAUAAUGCUGGACACACCCCGCUUGACCAGGAGCUGGUCACUGCUGUAAUGGAAGGAGACGAGGCAGGGGUGAGGUCAGCACUUGACAGGGGUGCCAGGCCCGAGGUCACCGUCCCCACAGAUGCUGGGGUGUCAUGGAGUCUGCUGGCUGUGGCUGCCAGCAAGGGCCACGAGCACCUGCUGUCGCUCUUACUGCAGGCAGGGUUAAGCAUAGAAGGUGGAGGCACCACUGACAGGACACCGCUGAUGAUGGCUGCCCUGAAUGGCCACGCCCAUACAGUGAAGGCGCUGCUGGACCUCCGUGGUAACCCUCUGGCCAUGGAUAGUGACAGAUGGACAGCCCUACACUUUGCUUCACGGCAUGGCCACCAGCAGUGUGUGGCGGCCCUCUUGCCCGUCACCCCUCCCACUCCCGCACACCUCGAGGCACACACCCCGGUGCACGCCGCCAGUUAUGGUGGCCACGUGGAGGUACUGGAGCAGCUGGCAGGUGCUGGCUGGCCCCUCACCGCCAAGAUCAGUGAUGGCGACACACCCAUGCACUCUGCUGCGGCCAAGGGGUAG